CUUUGAGGAAGGUCGUCAUAUCAAUCUUGAAGGAUCAUGGCGUCCGCGGAACCGAUCGGGAGUGUGGUGGAGCUGCAUCAGCCCUUGCACGUACUGGAGCAUAAGGUGCCCUUCCGCAACCUCCUCAUGGGCCUCUUUGUCUUCUACGCGGUCUCGUUCGCGAUCACAUGGUAUCGAGUAUGGUGGAAUUCGCUCGCGGGAAUCCUGGUGGCGGCAGUCGGUCUGCUCUGGUUCACCUUCCCCAGUGCCAAGGACGGCAUUUGGCUUGAGCUGUACUACUACAGUUCGUUUGGCGUAAUUCUGCUGCACAUUGCCACAGUUGGCUUUCUCGCUUACGACUGGGUCAUGUCUGACAUCCAAGCCGCGUUGGGUAUAUCAGAAGAUGCAUCGCGUUCAUUAUGGGGAAUGUACACUGCGCUAAUCCUUGUCGUAUCUGCCCAAGCCAUCUUUUCGGGGGUGACCGUGAAUACCUGCCAUCGUCUGCGCAUGGAGCUGCAGCGUAAUGGACUGGUGGCGUCUGUGCAUCCUGGCUACACUGAGCUCACUUGAAUCUAGAUGCAAUCAACUCCUAGUCUUCAAUAUAUAACAGAGAUUGUGGUGACGUUCAAACA